GCAGGGAGGCAGAUCGGGUUUGUAGCAGGAGCAGAAAGGCGGUCGAAAACAGAGGGAAGUGAAAUCAGAAAUAUCAGUAAAAUAGAGUUAAAACCAGCCGGCGUGGUUGUGUUCCGAGUCGCUGUCCUUCUACUCCACUAACACACAGCAGUACAGUGCCGACCACAGGAUGAACGGAGACUCCGGCGCUGGGGUGGUGGCGGCCACUCCGCCCACCAACCCGCCCCACAAGGAGCGCUACUUCGACCGGGUGGACGAGAGCAGCGCCGAGUACCAGAGAGAGAGGAACAUGGCGCCCGACCUCCGGCAGGACUUCAACAUGAUGGAGCAGCGGAAGAGGGUGUCCAUGAUCCUGCAGAGUCCGGCCUUCUGCGAUGAGCUGGAGACUCUGAUCCAGGAUCAGAUGAGAAAGGGAAAGAACCCCACCAGCCUGCUGGCCCUGCAGCAGAUCGCCGACUUCAUGACCACCAGCGUGCCCACCAUGUACCCUGCUGCCCCUCAGGGUGGCAUGGCUGCCCUUAAUAUGAGUUUGGGCAUGGUGACCCCGGUGAACGAUCUCCGUGGUUCUGACUCCAUCGCCUAUGAGAAAGGAGAGAAGCUGCUGCGCUGUAAACUGGCCGCGUUCUACCGCCUGGCCGACCUGUUCGGCUGGUCCCAGCUCAUCUACAACCACCUGACCGUCAGGCUGAACUCUGAACAGGAGCGCUUUCUCAUCGUCCCCUUCGGACUCCUGUACAGUGAAGUCUCAGCUUCCAGUCUGGUGAAGAUCAACCUGCAGGGCGAGAUCGUGGAGAGGGGCAGCACUAACCUGGGCGUGAACCAGGCCGGCUUCACCCUCCACUCUGCCAUCUACGCAGCCCGACCCGACGUGAAGUGCAUCGUUCACAUCCACACUCCUGCCGGUGCAGCGGUUUCUGCGAUGAAGUGUGGCCUCCUGCCCAUCUCUCCCGAGGCUCUGUAUCUCGGUGAGGUGGCUUACCACGACUACCACGGCAUCCUGGUGGACGACGAGGAGAAGAUUCUUAUACAGAAGAACCUGGGACCCAAAAGCAAGGUGCUGAUUCUGAGGAACCACGGACUGGUGUCGGUAGGAGAAACUGUAGAAGAGGCUUUUUACUACAUCCACAACCUGGUCACAGCCUGUGAGAUUCAGGUUCGUACCCUUGCCAGCGCUGGUGGCCCUGAUAACCUGGUCAUGUUGGACCCGGGGAAGUACAAGAUGCGCCCUCGUUACCUGGAGCCCACCGGUGACGGGACGACUCCGCACCCCAAGUGGCAGAUCGGGGAGCAGGAGUUCGAAGCCCUGAUGCGCAUGCUGGAUAAUUUGGGCUACCGGACCGGCUACCCGUACCGCUGCCCGGCCCUGCGCGACAGAGCCAAAAAGUACAGUGACGUAGAGAUCCCGCCGUCCGCCACCAGCUACUCGUACACGGAGGACAGCGACUCGGGCGCUCGCUCCCCGCUCAAGCACAGCUUCCAGCGGGGGCAGCGCGACAAGACCCGCUGGCUGAACUCGGGCCGGCCGGACGACACCCCCGACGAGGGGUCCGAGGGCGGCGGCAGCCCCAAGGGGAAGACUAAGUGGACGAAGGAGGAGAGCGCCCGACAAGUCGCCGUGGCCAAUCAGUUCGUCCCCCUCAACACCAACCCCAAAGAGGUCCAGGAGAUGCGCAACAAGAUCCGCGAGCAGAACCUGCAGGACAUCAAGACCGCUGGACCGCAGUCCCAGGUUCUCACGGGCGCCGUGGUGGAUCGCUCCUUCAUCCAGAGGGCGACUAUCUGGCAUGACGCUCCUCUGUCUGACUGUUUGGAGUCUAUCGAUGGCCUCGACCUCUCAGACAGCUGUAGCCCUGCUAGGUCUGUUAGAAAGGGGGAGCUGGUCACGGCCUCUAAAGCCAUCAUAGAGAAGGAGUACCAGCCUCGGGUGAUCGUCACCAAGACCGGACCGAACCCGUUCACCAAGCUGACGGAUCAGGAGCUGGAGCAGUACCGCCGAGAGGUGGAGCUCAAGCAGAAAGGUCCAGAAGUACAGGUCUCCGAGUCCGGCGGUUCGCUGAAGUCCGGCGCGGAGGGAGUUCCGACUCCUCCCGCGCCGUCGGACGACAAAUCUGAGGCGCCCGGCGACACCUCGGCUGCCCUCCAAAGCCAAGGUACGGAGUCUGGGGCGGAUUCGCCGCACAAGGAGUUUCACAGCGCCGUGCUGAAAGCCCUGACCACUGAGAUAUCCGGGCACGAGCUGCCGGAUCGAGACGGCCCCGCCGCAGAUCAAACUCAGGAGCCCGGGGAGGUAGGAAAAGCUCCCAGCCCCACCCGUACACCCCCUAGCACCCCGAUUCGAGUAGAAGAAGAGCGCCAGCAGGAUCAGAGCCCCAAAGACGACAGCGACUCCACCACUUUAAGACAGACCCUUCCCGACCUGACCCCCGACGAGCCCGCAGAGACCGUCGCCCUCCCCGAGGAAGACCCCGCCCCCUCUCAGCCGGAGCCCAGCCCCGCCCAGACGGACGGGGAGGAGCAGGUCGGCGCCGACGGCGACCAGGCCAGCGACGACUCCCCGAACAAAUCCCCGUCGAAGAAGAAGAAGAAAUUCCGCACGCCCUCGUUCCUCAAGAAAAGCAAAAAGAAGUCGGAGUCCUAGAGAGCGAAAUCUCCUAGGCGACCGGCCGCAUCAGUUUAGUUUCGUUUAAGCUCCUAAUCGCUCCGAGUUUUACGUCUUCAGCCUUUUAAUCUCGUCUCGGCGCGUCGUUUGUACUGUUUGUUUUUAAUAAUUACUUUUAUCUUUCUGCUGCAGUCUGGAGGACGAGCCGAUGAAGUUAUUUUAUUUCCCUUCUUUUAUAUGAAAUAAGAAUAAAUCACUAAGCUUCAUCUUCUAACCACUACGAUGUUUUUGGAUUAUAUGCUAACGUGUUUUAAAAAAGAAAAGGAAUGCAAAAAAAUAAAUGAGUAAAAUAAUAAAAUAACAAUUGCUGCACGGUGCUAAAACAUAUAACGUGUCUGUUGGCAUUAAUUUGGCAUCCUUAGUAACGGCUGCCAAGCUGGUAUAUCAUCUUACAUUAUUAUAAUUCCUGCGUAACUCUGAUUAUGGUUAGAUGCACUGAAUGAAACUUUAACAAACACUUCUGUCCUAUUUCUCCUUUUUAUUUUAAAUAAAUAUAUAAAUGAACACUCUGAAGGUAGUCCAGCGUAGCCAGUGUCUAGCCAGUGUCUUAUUAAAGAGAGGAGAUGUGGAGAUGUGUGAGCCGUAACAAACACACGACGUUUCCUGAGACUGAAGUUCGUUUUCUAUUUUAUUUAGCUUGUUUACAGCUUGUAUAGCGCAGAAUAUAAAAUGUAUUUUCCUUUUUUUUUUUCUUUGUGAACUAACACACACACACACACACACAGUCUGUUCACUUACAGAAUAUCUCACACCCAGAACCACUAUCACUGAUGUCUGAUUUGACUCUUGUGCUCUAUUUUGUCUCAUUAUUUGUACUAUUAAACACCCCUGAAUUCAGCAAA